GCACCGCCGCGGCAUUCAACAUAUGAACAUAGCCAUCUUGUCACCGAGUGAGGGAGGUAACAGUUGGGUUCUCGUCUCAAUAUCCUCGUUAUUCUUAAACAGUGACAUUCUGGGACGCCUCCCCCCCCCCCUCCGGUUCCUUCGACCAUAGUUGCGUGUAUGGUAAGUGAGCGGUGAAGUGAGUGGAGACUGCGCGGGUGGGAGGGGAGUGAGGGGUGCUUUGGAAACGAUGUCUCGCUUACUUGUUCCGACGUAGGGGGGAGUGUGCGGCAGCCAGUUGGCUUGACACGCUAGCUUUUUGCGAGGGCUGCGGGGCCCUCCUCUGCCCUCAAGUAGCUCCCUCCCGUAGCGGUGGAACACACUCUGCGACAACGGCACCGACCGGGGGAGUCUAACAGACGAGGCAGGCAACCCCCCGGACUUUUGAGACAACUCCGUCCGGCGAGUGGACGUCGUCUGAGUCGUGAAUCGCAUCCGGAGACGCGAAAGGGAUGGCGCAGAUUCAUUCCUAAAAUAUAUCCAAGUGUGCCGUUUAGUAACUCUAGUCAAUUUUAACCCCAGAAAAAAACACAACACCGCCUGAUGGACAGAAUGAAUUUGCCUGCUGUGUAAUUGUCAGCCUGUCCUUUUCUGGUGGAAGAGGUUAGAGACACACUCGAGGUGAGGAAUUGGCCUGCCACUAUGUGGAAAAUGCCGGCCAAAAAGAAGAGCUGCUUCCAGAUCACAAGUGUGACUCAGGCCCAAGUGGCUGCUGUAGGGGCCACGGACGACACGGAGAGCCUAGAGGACCCGGACGAGUCCCGCACAGAGGAUGUGUCCUCCGAGAUGUACGAGCCAGCGUGUGACAGGAAUUCGUCAGAAGAAGGGCUGAAUAACACCGGAGAGCCAGAGGUGACGGGAGUCAUAGCGCCGUCGCAGUUACAUCACUUCUCUGUGCUGUCAGUAAAUCCCCUGGGGGAGGUUCGGAAAGCGCCCGUGUCUGGUCCCGUUCAGCAGCCAGCCGGGAUUGGCUGUACAGCCGUCUUACCCCUCGUCACACAGCAACAAGCGGCCCCGACCUCCAGUUCCGGUCUGGUCAUUAUGUCUGUAAAUGUAUCCCAACCCGUUACAGUGCCCAGUCCAGGUCCUCCUCCUCCUCCUGCUGCCACCACAGUGACUUGUACUUCCCGUUUUAGGGUCAUCAAACUUGACCAUGGUACUGGAGAACCCUUCCGAAGAGGCCGGUGGAUGUGUACAGAGUUUUACGAGAAAGAGUCUGAUGGUUCUAUUGCGAAUCGGACUGUUGAUGGCACGAGGCGAGACAUCAGCGCGACGCCGGAGACUGCUGCAGACAGAGAUAGUGCGGUGGGGCAUACCACCGGCUCUGUAGUUGCCCCGGCGCCGCAUUCGACUCAGGCCUCCGGAGCUUCAUCGGAUGUCACCCGCAUGCAUCCAGCGGAGACGUCUGCACAGCAGAACUUCAUUACCCGGCAACAUGCUGUCAGCGGGUCUGGCCCGCAGAUUGUGCUCACUGGUAGCAAGCCCACAUCUGUCCCAGUUCAGCCUGUGGUGGUGAGCAUCCAGCCCGCUGCUCCUCAGAGCGUCGGCAACGGAUUGCCUCACAUGCAGAAGUCCCCCAUCUUGCCUCCAUCAGGCCAGACCCAAGCUUACCAACUUUCCAUGGGACACCACCUAAUGGGCCUGAACCAGACCGAGUAUUAUGACCAACAACCUGGAAUUGCCACCGGUCAGUCACUUUCAGUGUCAGGCCAGUCCGCAGGGGCACAGACAAUGGGACAAGCAACCUCUCCUGCUAUGCCUCAGGGGUCUACAGGAAUUUCCAUGCCCGUUCAUUUUGGGGAUGUCGCUGGCAUUGGAGCAGUGCUUCCUGGACAGACUGCUCCAAGUCAGACUGGUGAAAUGGGAAGUGUUGCUGGCUCCAUAUUGGUCGGUGGAUCUACUCACGGUCAGUAUGCCACCACUGGACAGCCCAAACCCCAGGGCCUCCACCCCGCAUCCUCUGGUGUACAAAAUGUGCCUGUCACUGCAGCGAACUCCGGCAUGCCCCCCACUGUGCCUAUUGUGGUGCCCAGUGCCUCCAGCACAGCCGUGCCAAAGGUGACAGCCACUAGUUUGACUCCAGGUCAGAUGACCCAAGGCAAAACACCAGGAGCGUUGGCGGGUCACAGCCUCCUUGUAGCCGGAUUUGGACAGGUAGAGGGAGGUGCUGUAAGGAAAUCUGAUGGGGUUGUCAAUGCACAGUCAUUUGGGAAGGAUCUGGUGAAGCCCCUCAUACCUGAGAGCCUGCAGCUCGCCACGCCAACUGUCAACAGCCUGUUUGAAAUCCACAUACCAGUUGACGGGGAUGAGGACAGGAACCCCUCCAAGGCUUUCUACCAGGCCUUCCAGUCUGGCACCAGAUUAAGGGACUCAAAGGCCCACAGUGAUAGUGCCUCUGGAACCAAUAUUGUUGCCAUUGAUAAUAAAAUAGAGCAGGCCAUGGACCUGGUGAAAAGCCAUCUGAUGUACGCUGUACGUGAGGAAGUGGAGGUCUUAAAGGAGCAGAUCAAAGAGCUCUUCGAGAGGAACUCUGUGCUGGAGCGAGAGAACGCUGUGUUGAAAUCUCUGGCAAACAGCGAGCAGCUCUCGCAGCUUCCUGCCCAGUCGGCGGGUGGGUCGGCAGGCCCGACACCGCCACUCCCUCAACCCUCACAGCCCCCCCAGCAGCUGGCGGCUGGGCUCCCGCCUGAAGUGCAGCCUCUGCUCCAGCAGCAGCAGCAACACCCGAAGGCCCCACAGACUCAUCCUCAGCUCGACGCAAGCCAACAGCAACCCAACGUCACCUCAGCUUGAAAAACAUCGCUACGGGUGCAGACAACCACAAGAUACAUUACAAUUAUAGUCAACCCCCGCAAUUCACGUGGGAUAGGGACGGAGUCCUGACGCCAAUGGUGGUGCCAACUCAAAACUUGUCUCAUUUCAAACACAUCUUAUAUUAUUGCCCUGAAAAAUAAAUGGCUUACAGAUUAAUUGACUUAUUCAAAAUGCACUGGAGGUAAUAAUGAUAACUUUAUUAUACAGCACCUCUAAAAACGUGUUGAACUGGAGAGCUUACAUGAAACGGAAUGAUACCCACAAUCACGAGCACAAAUACCAAGGUGUACUAGAAAAUACGAAGCGACCCAUAAAAAACGCAUUGGAAACAGUGAGACGAGACGAAACGUUAGCGCAAACAAGACUACCUGCGAACAAUCCAAGCUAAACUCAACUCCUCUCCUGGCAUACAAAGACCAGUCAAGAUGUCUUACUUCAAAAUACACUACUCUCAAAAAGUUUGAGAUAUUGAGCUCUAACAAGGAGCCGAAUGGCACAGUCCACAACAGGUGUUUGAUACAUGAACAUUUCCAAGUUCGUACACUUCUAUGUCUUUCUGUGACUUUUCCAGACUCUCUGUUGCAACCUGUUGAUGACACUGUAGCAAGGCUUCAGACAGGAUGUCCUCAGAGGGAGGUGGCCGCUGAGCUUGGAGUGUGACUGGGGGAGUCACAGAAAGGAACAGAAGACGACGUCCUUGGAAAUUGUCAUGCAUCAAACACCGUCGGACAUGUGCAUUCAGGAGUUUAGAGGUCAAACUAAGUUAAUCUGUAAAGGUUAUAGUGCAUUUUAGGCUCAUCGUGAAAUUUCACUUGAAAGCCCAAUAUCCCUAACUUUUUGUGAAUAGUGUACUUUCUCGACACCAAUUACUGCUUUCCUAUUAGCCAGGGCUUUGGCGUAAUCUUGGGGCAUUACGAAAAGAGCACAAAAAUACACCGAGAUCCACAGAAAGGUGGGGGUUCACUGUAGUGUCUGUGAAAUUUACAGGAAAAAAAGUUUCAAGAAACUUGUCCUCUUAGCCACCAGCUUGACCACAAAGUGCAGUGCUUUUGUGUGUGUGUGUGUGUGUGUGUGUGUGUGAGAGAGACUGAUCUUUGAAUGUAUGUGUGUCUGUACUGUGGGCCUUUCCAGUGUUAAUGCAAUCAUUAGGAGACAGAAUUUUGUCAGAGAUGGAGAACUCAAGAGUGGCUGUGUGGGUGUCCAAGACUGAUCUGAGACCUGCCCAAGUCUGUAAAGGAGAGGAUAAAGGGAGGGGUUUUGCCUCACAUUAAGGGACAAACGAUUGUUUAAAAGAAGCAUUAUUUUUUUAUGAUCAUUGUAGGUAAAGAGGGGUUGGGGGUGCAUUUUAGCCUUGCUGAAUCCUUGUAAAGAAAGAAAUGUCUUCUGGAGUGCCACCUCUGCCGUUACUUGUACAUCAACCCUUGCAUCAGUCUUUUUGACGUCUGCUGUCAAGUGUUUUAUUUAUUACAGGGGCUGCUGUAUUCAUAAAUGAAUUGAAUGAAACUAUA